AUGGCAUUCUUAAGAGGACACAGUUUGGCCAAGUCAACUAAAAUUUUACUUGGAUUAUUAGUUACAAUAUCAGGACUUAUACUUGUAUUAAGAUAUCGAGAAUUUAGAUUAAAUGAUGAAGUUAAUUUUUAUGAAAUACAAAUUCCAUUCUUACAAUUAAUUCCUCGUUCUACUAUAUAUAAUCCAUGGGUAUUAGUAACAGCUAUAUUUGCCGAGAUUUCAAUUAUUUCAUUUAUAUUAUCAUUUGGUAUUUUAUUUAUUUCAAGUAAAUUUGUUGAAAGAUUUUGGGGAUAUUUAGAAGUAAUUAAAUUUGUAGGGAUUGUUGGAAGUAUUUCAAAUUUGAUUACUGUUGUUGUUGCAAUUAUUUCUAAUAUUAUGAGAGAAGAUGUUGCUAGUAUGAAUAAACCUUUAGGUGGAGGUAUUUCCUAUUAUUUUGGAUUUUUGGUUGUAUUUAAACAAUUAAUUCCAGAACAUAAUAUUGUAUUAUUUCAAGGUUUGAUAAAUUUCAGAGUUAAACAUGUUCCAUUUGCUAUGUUAGUAUUGGUCAGUUUAUGGUCAUCGUUUGUUAGUAGAUCAUUAUAUCCUGCUGUUCCAUCAAUUAGUAGUUUCUUUGUCUCGUAUUUUUAUUUACGAUUUUUCCAACAAUUCCUUGCUCAACCAAUAUUACCAGUAACAACAACAACAGGGUCUCCAAGUACUAAUGAUACUGCCAAUAGCUCAAUAAUAACAGGUGAUGCAUCUGAUACUUUCCAAUUAAGUGAAUUCUUCCCAUCAGCAAUUAAACCAUAUUUGGCACGUGUUUUUGAUAGUAUUUAUGAAGUAAGUGUAUUACUUGGAUUAGUAACCCCUUUCAAUGAUGAAAUGGUUGAACAAUGUAAUUUAAGAGCACAAAAGAGUCAAGAACAAGCAAGUAAACAACAAAAGACAGUUUCUGCUUCUGUAGCUGAAAGAAGAAGACAAGUUGCUUUGCAAGUGAUUGAAGAUAGAAUUAGUAAAGAAACUGCAACUGGUGGAAGUACUGCUUAG